AUGAGCUUUUUGUUCAAGCUUGCUAUACUUGGAGCACUUCUUCUUGCAUUUGCGGAAAACCAGGUUCCAAACAAUGAAACAAGUAUUAUCGAGUCGGGAACUGGAACAAAUUGCACGGAAGUCACUUUAAAAAAGUUGUUGGCUUGCCUUUAUCGAUUAGGAGAAUUCAGUGCAAGAUUGUUCUUUGUCGAUUUGAAGCAGAAGAGCCUGGAGAAAUUUACAAAAUCGUGCACUUCCAUAUUUACAAAAUCGUGCACUUCCACACAUGUCUUGACCUUGUUGAGUGUGAAAAAGAGCAAGACAACUCCACAGGAAAACAAGUUAGGGAGUCCUGUGAGAUCAUGAACUUCUUAUCCACAGACUUCAAUCCCUGUCUUGCAAAGUUGGGAAACUUGAAACCAGUUCCCGAGUGUUUCAAAGAGUGGAAACCAUUUUAUGAUUUGGUAUUAAGUGGAGAGGACGAAACCACAGACGAAAUGGGGGAACUGUGCAAAAACAUGGUUGGAAAAGAAAAUUGCGUGAAGAAGUUGGUCAGCGAAACGUGUGGAGAGCCGGAAUCCCAGCAGUUGUUUAAUAAGUUGAAAGCUACAAGCCAAUUCAAACACUGCAACUGA